AACAAACAAAAACGAAUUAUACCUUCCGGUGCCAGGAGGAGCCGUGUCGCUACCGCCGCGGUCCAUCAGGCCUCCAGCGGAUCUCCAUUACCUGUCUUCUCUGGAGUCACCGCUGCCGCCACUGUGCCACACCAAGGACUCGGAUCCUGCUGGAAAAAUGUCAGAUGAAGUUUCGCUGGCAGAUGCGCUACCUGAAGAGUCCUCUGCCAAACCGUCUGCUGUGACCAAUACAAAAGCUGGCCAUUCUCCUCAAGGGUGGCCAGGCUCCCCAGCCAGCCCGUGGAGCAAUCCAAAUGCUCCACCUGCAAUGCCAUCUGGACUCCCACCGAGGAGUGUAGCACCCUCUACUGUGCCUUUUGGACCAGUACCAACAGGAAUAUAUCCCUCCAUGCUUCCAACCGGACAACCCCCAGGACCUCCAGGACCCUCAGGACCCUUUCCUCCUUCUGGGCCAUCAUGUCCCCCACCUGGUAUUCCUCAUCCAGCCCCUGCUGUGCCAGGCCCUGGCCCCACGGGGCCAUAUGCUACAACAAAUAUGCCUAUGCCAGGACUGCCUAGGCCAUAUGGUGCACCCACAGAUCCAGCUGCAGCUUUAGGUCUGUGGGGAGCCAUCUCUUCUGGACCUUGGGCACCAGGAAUUGAGGGGUAGCAUCCUAAUAUGUCAGGGUCAUAUCCCACUGUCCCUCCUCCAGUGUCAGGAGCACUGCCUGUUCCGUGGGGCACUGUGCCACUGGGAGCCUGGGGGCCACCAGCACUAUAUCGUGGCCCUGCAGGAUCACACCCCAUGCCAGGACCCCAUCCUACUCAGAAUAAUCCUUACCAAGUGCCUUCAGGACCUGCUGGUGCUCCACCAAUGCCUGGCGGCCCCCACUCUUACCAUUAA